AUGGCGUUGCGAUUCCGGCCCCCAAAGUCAACCCAAAGGGUCAUACCAGCCAAGCCCUCAAAAGGCCAUUUCCUCUUCGCUCACCAGGAGUUCCAGCGGGUGCCCUGGUGGAAGAGGAAGAACAUGCGUACCCUAUACAUCUACAUUGUCAUCCUCAUCAUGACCAACACAGCAAACGGUUUUGAUGGCUCCAUGAUGAACGGUCUUCAGACCCUUUCCUACUGGCAGGAAUACUUCAACCACCCUCACGGCUCGCUCCUCGGUCUCUUUAAUGCCUCUAUGAGUCUUGGUUCACUGAUUGGUCUGUUCAUCGUGCCUUACAUGAUCGAUGCCUGGGGUCGCAGACUUGGGUGUUUCGUUGGAUGUCUCAUCAUGCUGCUUGCAGUGGGCCUGCAGUCUGGGGCUACGGGCUUUGGCAUGUUUAUCGCUGCGCGUCUCCUUAUUGGAUUUGGUGACUGUCUCGUUCUCGGGAGUGCUCCACUGUUGAUCGCAGAGAUUGCACAUCCGCAGGAUCGCGCCGUUCUAGUCACACUUAGUGGUGCCUCGUAUCACUCUGGCGCCUUUAUUGCUAGCUGGGUGACAUUGGGUACUUUGAAGAUUCAGAGCGACUGGUCGUGGCGUCUCCCAAGCUUACUGCAGGCCAUUUGUACCAUUGUCAUCGUGUGCGGUAUCUGGCUGAUGCCGGAAAGCCCUCGUUGGCUAAUGAGCAAAGGAAGACACGAUGAAGCCAUGCGGAUUCUUGUCAAAUACCAUGGCGAAGGUGACCAGGAUGAUGCAUUCGUGCAUCUAGAAUAUGCAGAGAUCAAGGCCGCCAUUGAUAUAGACAAGGAGAUUGACCAAACUCGCUGGGUCGACUUUUUGAAGACCAAGGGUAACCGGAGACGAAUUGGUUUGAUCACCGCUCUUGGCCUCUUCAGUCAAUGGUCUGGGAAUGGCCUGAUAUCGUACUAUUUGAAGCAGGUUAUGGAUAGUGUUGGUAUCACGAAGGCGUCUACACAACUGGGAAUCAACGCCGGUAUCAAGACUGAAGCGUUACUCACCAACUUUAUCCUGGCCUUCUUCAUUGAUAAAUUGGGAAGGCGGCCAGUCUAUAUGGUUUCGACAGUGGGCACGUUCGUGGUUUUCAAUGCAUGGACUAUCGUGUCAGCACGGUACGCAAUUGCGGCGAAUCAGGCACUUGGGUACAUUUUCGUGGUUCUGACCGUUCUCUACGGACUGUUCUACGAUAUCAAAUCCGGUCUAAUGGCAACCUAUACCACUGAAAUUCUUCCCUACGGCCUUCGUGCCAAGGGCUUUACUUGGCUGAACUUUUGCGUCACCGCAGCGCUCUUCUUCAACCAGUACAUUAACGCGAUUGCUCUCGAUGCAAUUGGUUGGAAGUAUUACAUUGUCUACUGCGUUUUCCUAGGAAUGGAAGUGUUCACCCGCUAUACUCCCAUGGAGGAAAUCGCCAAGUACUUCGAUGGCGAUGACGCGGUUGAUGUUGGCGAGAUUGCCGUCGCGGAUAUGAAAGAGCAAGCUAGGGAGACAGAGGGCAAGGCGGCUACAGUUCACGUUGAAGUGAAGGAGUAA